AUGGCUCUGAGCCUCGCAGCCCUGCGGCCCCAGAACAUGACGACGGCCCCCAACGGCCACGGAGCCGGCCUGUGCGCGGCCCCCGAGCCCAGGGAGCCGGGGAUGGACACGCGGCCCUCGUGCCAGAACGGAGGCUGGGCCGGCGGGGACGGCGAGCCCGAGGCCCCGGAGCCCAAGGCCAGCCCUGCCCGGCUCCUGCGCUUCUUCUCCGCCGGCCGGAAGCGCGCGCCUCCCGCCGAUCGGGCGCCCGCGGGCCUGGUGGGCAGCUCGUCGGCCUGGAGCGCGCUGGCGUCCUUCCGGAAGAUGGGCUCCUUCAAGAAGCUCAGGUCCUCGGUGCUGCAGGGAAUCCAAAGCCGGGAGGCGGCCGCGGCCAAGGACGAGGCCACGGCGGCCCAGGACGCGGGGAGGCCCGUGUCCAACGGCGCGGGGCCCCCGGGCGGCCGGCUCUCGUGCCUGGGGCUCCCCCUGGAGGCCGGCGUGGGUGGCGCCUCGGAUUGCUCCGACCUGGAGGAGGCGGACGACGCCUUCCAGAGGAGCACGCACCGCUCGCGCAGCCUCCGGCGCGCCUACGGCCUGGGCCGCAUCAGCCUGCUGGACCACGAGCGCCACCGCGGCCGGCCGCUGUCCUCCUGCGUCCCCGAGCCCAGGGUGUGCGAGCCCCGUGGGCGCAACCCAGACCCCGACACGCUCGUCUACCGGCGGAGCAAGAGCACCGACAGCCUCAACUUCCUGAAGAAAAGCUCCUUCAAGCGGAAGUCCACGUCCAACCUGGCGGAGCUGCAGGUGCCCGAGAAGCCGGGGCCGCAGAGGACGCUGAGCAGUUCUUCAGCCGACUCAGACAAGUUCGGGGGCUGCGAGCGGAGGACCAAGCGCUGGAGGAGCCCCCUCAGGGCCAAGGACUUCGACCGCGUCCUGAAGCUGGUCAGCAAUGUCACCGAGGCCGCGUGGAAGCGGGAGAGCCCGAAGAGCAGGGCGCCCUCGCUGGGUGAGCCCAGCCUGAGGCUGCGCCUCAACACCAGGCUGCACGACGACUACUCCCGCCGCGUGUCCACCAGCACCGAGCCCGACAGGAGGCGCUGUGGACCCUCCACGCCGCCCAUGGACGCGCCCGGCACAGCCGCCCCUAGCCCGGCCCCCCGGGGGCCCCACGUCGACGUGGAGACGGCCGUGUGUCCUCUGGAGGCCAGAGCCGCCCCGAUGGCUGAGCGUGUGCACGCCUGCCCCGCUGACCCCGCACCCAGCCCCUUUGUCCAGGACCCCGCCGUACCCACGCCCCCCAGCAAGCUGACCUUUGAUCCCGAGCGGCCCCCCACGCCUCUGCGGCCCACCACCCCCAAGCCGCAGAGCCCCCAGAGCCCGGGUGCGGGCAGCGCCAGGGGCAAUGUGCAUUUCGCCUGUCCCAGUCAUCACAGUGCCCUGUCCCUGAGCUCCAUGGAGAGCGAAGAGAGGGCCGAGGGGCCCAAGGAGCAGGGUUCCGUGGCCUCCCCAGACGGGGUGCAGACCCCAAGUGGUGAUGACGGUAAUGAGGACAGCGGCAUCAGCAGCUACUCUCAGCUGAGCCUGAGCGGGGCCGCGGGGCCAGAGGACAAGAAGGAGGAGGUGAGGACCAAAGGGCAAGUGGUUACUGAUGAGCACUGGCGGAGAGCCACGGCACAGGAUGAAGACAGGGCAGAGGCGCCGAGGGUCUCAAGGAGGAGAUGGGGCUCCGGGAAGAGGUCAGGGCCCAGGCCGCUCUCGGACUACAGCCAGACGGCAAGCCGAAGUCUGUCCAUCCCUGAAGACUCCGUGACCGUAGACACCCAGAAAAUGGACUUGGUGGACGGGGAUCACCAGCCAGGCAUGGUGCCCACUGCGGCCGCUCCUGUGGGCUGUCCUAGAGGGAGCCAGAGGAGAAGGCCCAUUUCCGUCAUAGGCGGCGUCAGCUUCUAUGGGAACAGCCCUGCUGAGGAGAUCGAGACCCUUCUAACGCAACCCGCCACCAGGCCUCCAGUGCCAGCUCAUCAGGUGCCGCCCUACAAAGCCGUCUCGGCCCGGUUCCGCCCAUUCACCUUUUCCCAAAGUACACCGAUCGGGCUGGAUCGAGUGGGACGCCGGCGCCAGAUGCGAGCUUCCAACAUUUCUGCAGAUGGAGGGACCGAGUCCUCUGCCUUAGUUGAUGACAACGGGAGUGAAGAGGACUUCAGCUAUGAGGAGCUCUGCCAGGCCAACCCUCGCUACCUGCAGCCAGGCGGGGAGCAGCUCGCCAUCAACGAGCUCAUCAGCGAUGGCAGCGUGGUGUGCGCAGAAGCCCUAUGGGACCAUGUGACCAUGGAUGACCAGGAGCUGGGCUUUAAGGCAGGGGACGUUAUCCAGGUCCUGGAGGCCUCCAACAAAGACUGGUGGUGGGGCCGGAACGAGGACAAGGAAGCCUGGUUUCCUGCAAGCUUUGUCCGGUUGCGAGUCAACCAGGAAGAGCUGGUGGAGAACUCGAGCAGCACCCAGGGCGAGGAGCAGGAUGAGGGUGCAGGCCACUCCCGCCUCAAGCAUGUGGAAAACCAGCAACAGAUGAGGACGAACGUGAUCCAGGAGAUCAUGAACACAGAGCGAGUGUACAUCAAGCACCUCAAGGACAUCUGCGAGGGCUAUAUUCGGCAGUGUCGCAAGCACACAGGAAUGUUCACUGUUGCACAACUAGCCACUAUUUUUGGAAACAUUGAAGAGAUCUACAAAUUCCAAAGAAAGUUCCUGAAAGACCUUGAGAAACAGUACAACAAAGAAGAACCUCACCUAAGUGAAAUUGGGUCCUGCUUUCUUCAACAUCAAGAAGGCUUCGCCAUCUACUCCGAGUACUGUAACAACCACCCCAGUGCCUGCCUGGAACUCGCCAGCCUCAUGAAGCAGGGCAAGUACCGGCACUUCUUCGAGGCCUGCCGCCUCCUCCAGCAGAUGAUAGACAUCGCCAUCGAUGGUUUCCUGCUCACGCCUGUGCAGAAGAUCUGCAAGUACCCACUGCAGCUGGCCGAGCUGCUCAAGUACACCACGGCCGAGCACAGUGAUUACAACGACAUCAAGGCAGCCUACGAGGCCAUGAAGAAUGUAGCCUGCUUGAUCAACGAGCGGAAGCGCAAGCUGGAGAGCAUAGACAAGAUCGCCCGCUGGCAGGUGUCCAUCGUGGGCUGGGAGGGGCUGGACAUCUUGGACCGAAGCUCUGAAUUGAUCCAUUCUGGGGAGCUGACCAAAAUCACCAAGCAGGGCAAGAGCCAGCAGCGGACUUUCUUCCUGUUUGACCACCAGUUGGUGUCCUGCAAAAAGGACCUGCUGCGCCGGGACAUGCUCUACUACAAGGGCCGCACGGACAUGGACGCCAUGGCGCUGGUGGACCUGCCCGACGGGCGCGACCGCGACUUCAACCUCAGUGUCAAGAAUGCCUUCAAGCUCGUCAGCCAGGCCACGGACGAGGUCCACUUGUUUUGUGCCAAAAAGCAGGAGGACAAGGUGCGGUGGCUACAGGCAUGUGCAGACGAGAGGCGCAGGGUGCAGGAGGACCAGGAGAUGGGAAUGGAAAUUUCAGAAAAUCAAAAGAAAGUCGCCAUGUUAAAUGCACAGAGGGCAGGACAGGGAAAGACGAAAGGCUACAGUGGCUGCCCGGUGCCGCCACCCCACCAGAACCUCCUCCCCAUCCACCAGCGCCACAUCACCGUGCCCACCAGCCUCCCACAGCAGCAGGUCUUCGCCUUGGCGGAACCCAAGCGGAAGCCUUCACUUUUCUGGCACACCUUCAACAAGCUCACCCCGUUCAAGAAAUGA